AUGGGGAGGGUUGUCGUGGUGUUGUUUGUGCUGCCUAGUCUUCUCGCACUCGCUGACAUGGACUCGGAGGAAUUUUUAUACAUCAAAGCUCGUAAACGUAAGGUGUUUCAAUUUGUGUUUUUUGAUUUUUAGACCCUGUGAGGAUGGUGUGUAUUAGAAUUAUGUGUGGUUUUGGCUUUAGGCGUCUUUUUGAAGCUGUAGUUUGAAGUUUCUUUCUGGUCUUUGAAAAAGCAAUUUCUCAUGAGAAAGGUUGUUUGUGCUGUUUGAUUCUCUUAUUAUUAAUGUUGUUUUUUACCGAAUUUGAAGGUUUUAUAAAAUUUAAAUUGGUUAUAAGAGUCGAAUAUUUCUAUUUGCGAUCCUUUCGGAUAUUGUUUUAAAUGAAACGUUUCAAAGCCUUAGAUUUUUUAUAACCGCGGGUCUUAAUCGAUCUGAUUUUCAUAAAGGUUUCUUCCUUGAGUUUGCUGAUAAUGUCACAUAUUUACUGCGUUGUUUUUAGACCUAAAAUUUAAUGAUUAUUUUGCCGAUUACUAGAUAGUUUAUUGGUUCUUUUAUAAAUUUAUUUUAAAAGGAAGAUGAGAAAAUUCUGUUGUUGCCGUCCAACCUGGGUCUUUUAAUUAGCUACGGAUGGUUUGAUCAGACUAUUAGGUGUAACUCCCAAUCAAGUGUUUAGGGAAAAUUUUAUUUCACGUUACAAAAACAUCUGAAAAGUCACGUUUUUGUCAGAGUUAAACGACUAGACAAUGUUUAAGAGCACGAAGAAUUGCCUUCUGGUAUAUAAAGGUGAUUUUCUGAUUCGAAAAUGUGUUCAAAGGGGGAAUAAACAGAACGAAAAGUUUUGCUGAUUUUCCUCUGGCACGACUUUAUGGUUUGGUAUCUGCUAAUGGUUAGCCAACGGGUUGCUUUGGUUUAAAAAUAUUCAAAAUGGCUCUAAAGGGAUUGGAAACUCCAUCUCAGUUAGAAGAUGUAACUAUCAAUUAAACUACAGUGGGGGACCUGAUGCAAUGACAAAAAACGUACCAUUUCGCAUCCGCGAAGUAUCAAAAAUAUGGCAAAAUGCUUCCCUCUCCAAGUGAAAAAACUCCGAUUUGAAGGGCUCUCAAAAAAGCGAGCGGAUGGGCUUUUGAAAUCGGAGUUUUUUCUCUUGGAGAGGGACGUAUUCAGCCACAUUUUUGAUACUUCCCGGAUGCAAAAUGGUACGUUUUUUGCCACUGGAUCAGGUCUGUCACUGUACUGUACAUAGAUUUUGGGUCGUCUAGCUUUUGGGCUGACCAUUUGCAUGAGUUUACCAGUCGUAAAUUCGACCUACCCGAAGUGAAAUUCCAGCUGAUUUUGCGUUAGAUCUUUCUUGUCUUUGUAAGGAAAUUUAUCCAACUCUUUGUCUAACAAGGGAAGUACCCCAAGUGCGACGCUCAGAUUUUCUUUAAAUUUUGCACACACGUCGGGAAUAGACUAAAUAUCAAUUCUUGCAAGUUUUAGCUCGCGCUUUGCAGGCGCCGCCGAGAUAUCGAACGAUUUAUGCCGCCGAGAGAGCACGCUAAACGUGGAGAGCGGUCAAAGAGAAAAACGCUUUUUGGCCAUAACUUUGGCAGUUUCCAGCGGAAAAAUUUGAUUUUUUGAAGAAACAUUAUCCUUUACGGUAGAAAUAGGCAUGAAACUUUUCGUGCCGAAAUUCGACAAAAAGUCCAAAAUUUUCGCCGACUUUCGAUCUAAAAAUCUCGGUUGUUUCUGCAAAGCGCGAGCCAGGAUUCUCGCAUAUAUUUUUUAAAAAAUUAUUCUAAAUUUGUUUCAUCAAAAUCUGAGCGUCGCACUUGGGGUACUUCCCCUGUAAAUUGUCUUUUUAGAUAAUAAAACGUCAUUGCUUUGUCUAACAGCUUCUGUUUUUCUAGCCCAAUGCUACUGCCCACCCAUUCAUCUAUUGCCGGUCUGCUCCGAUCACUCCUGUCCAACCACUUCCAUCCAACAUCAUCCCAAUCUAAAGCAAGUCUGCUCUGAUCGUCGUCUCACCUGCAAGUCUAAGUCCACAGAAUAUGUCCGGAUUGUGGCCCUCUUUCCCAAUAGACCCGUCUAUCUAACCCGAUGGACAUUACACUCCACUUUUGUGGAUAUCCAUUGUAUUCGCGGCGGAUUUUUCAAUGAUAAUAUGUUUAGCCUCAAAGGCGCCAAAUUCGAAUGUCUAACAGGAGAUCUCAACGACUUAUUUGGUAAAUAAAUGUUGUAUAUAUUGUAAAUUACAUCUUUUUUAUUGUUGAUGGUAAUUUUCCCCUCAUUUCGAGCUACUUUGCUGCUUUUGUUUUGUGAUUUUGAUUUCGAUAUCCGAAUUGAAAACAGUUUUACUGCUGUAUUUCCUCGUUUGUAAUGAACUCCGAAGAAAGUCGCUAAUUUUUUCCGACUCCUUCUCAAAAAUCAGCCUAAUUCAACGUGACUUUAUUUGAAGAAUGCUGUAAAACGAACGGUUAAUUAAUUCAACUCCCUUGUUUAAAUUUGAGCCCAACCUUUUGUGUCCGCUUCUGUCUUUCCAAAAUUUUGGGGGUGUUUCUUUUGACCAUAAAAAUCGAUCUGAAUUUAAUGAAAAGGAGGGGUCCGUUCGGUUUUAGUCUGAAUAUUAUCAGUUUAAAUUUAUUUUCCGCGUUAUUUGGGCAUCUUAUCAACGCGUAUAAGCGAAAAUUUUGGUUUAGAAUGUGUAUUUCAGCGGAAGUUGCGGUAUAAUGGGUUGGUUUGAAGUCUUUACCCUGUGGCUAUCCCUCUACUCGAUCUCCUUUACAUUCCUCCCAUUGUUUGUGGUACUGGAUUGGAAACGAAGAGGGAGUGCGGAUGGUUUCUCAUCGAUUAAUUAUGUCCUACCGUUACUUACGUGAGUUUGUUUUUUUAGGAAUGCACAUGAAGAUAUAGCCUGGGAAAUAAGGGAAAAAAUUGAAAAAUCAGACAGUGUAGGGGCUAAGCCAACUCGUGUUUGAGGCUCUGUCCUAUUGUUGCUGUAUUUUAAUCGGAAGGUUGUCAAUCGAUGAAAUGGAUCAUUGGGAAAAAGACGAUUGCUAAUAAGGGAUGUCCGGAAAAUAAAACGGCCUCUUUUGUUUGUUUUUCCUUGUCGUCUCAAUUGCCAGCCCACAAACACUCUUUUUUGCUAAUUUUCGGCUAGUCGAGAUCUCAGUGGGCUCAGCCAGCAUAUUAAAAGUUUAUUAGCCUCGGAGGACCCGGCAAGAAGGUCAUAAGUCGUAGAAGAUCCGAACCGGGUUAGCAAGUCUCCAUCGGGGCUCAUGUGUUUUCAUGCGGCUGGCUGACCCAAUUGAGGAAAUGCUGUGCCGAAAAUUAGCAAAAAAAGUCUGCAGUGAGGGACCUGAUCCAGUAGCAAAAAGCGUAUCAUUUUGAAUCCGGGAAGCAUCAAAAAUGUGGCAAAAUGCUACCCUGUCCCAGUGAAAAAGCUUCCGUUUGAAGGGCGCGCUUUUGAAAUCGGAAUUUUUUCACUUGGAAAGGGAAGCAUUUUGCCACAUUUUUGAUACUUCCCGGAUGCAAAAUGGUACGUCUUUUCCACUGGAUCAGGCCCCAGUGUAUUUAGGGGUGGCAAUUGAAUCGACAAGGAAGAACAAACAAAAGAAGCUGUUUUAUUUUCCGGCAUCCUUUAGCAAUCGUCCUUUCCUAAUAAAGUUAAAUGCGGCCUAGAUUUGUCUAAUAUGCGAUUCAAGUCCUCUUAAAAAAUGACCUGUUUGUAUUACAGUAUGUGCUGCUGGUAUCGACACGGUUUGAUGACCAACGACAAUGUAAAUAUCUACCUGAACUUGGUGAAUUUGGUCGUCUUCUCUUUCUACACAUUGGCGUUUGCCUAUUAUCAGCCAAUUAGAGUGCGUUUUAAAAGAUUGUACUUCCAUAUAUUUCGCAACGAUUUUGAUGCUUUUUUUGUAGAAAUACCUCUAUAUCCAAGUGAUUUCCUUGGUGUUCACGAUUUACUCCAUCAUCCAGUAUGUUGAUGGUCAUCAGGAACAUGAAAAGCCAGAUGUUAUGGCUUCAGUAGCGGCCGCAACUCAAAUUAUCAGUUUGUUUGGUGGUGUUAACGAUAUCGUAAGUUUUUUUGAGCGAAGCAAGCUUUGGUUUUAUCUAAAUGCUGUUAAUUCUUUUUAAUUUUAGAUCCGAGCCAUCUCCUUGAAGACCACCGAAUACAUUCCAGCUUCAAUUCAGUUUGGUAUCUUUGCGUUGACCCUGCAAUGGACUUUCUACGGGAUCGCAGUGCAAAAUUAUUACAUUGCAGUAGGUUUUUUGUUAAAAAUGAAAUUUUUAGAACUUAAAUUGCCUAAAAAUAUGUCAUUGCGAAAUGGUGAUUUUUGGUUCGUACAAACACAUUAUUUUUGCAAAUUUUGUUGCAUUAUUUUCCAAGUUAUUCGCAAAAUACCCCUUUCAGGCCUCAUUGGCCUACCCUGCAUAGUUGUUUGUUGUAAUUUCAACGAAUUUUUAGCGAAAAUUCUAAUUGAUUUCUUCAUUUUCAGGCCGCGAAUGUGGCUGGUCUACUGGUGAAUGUGGUCACGCUCGGCCUCUACUUUGUCUACCCACCGAAAACGUGGGUGGUCCCACUAUUUGGCGUCGGUGGAACUGGCAAAAAACGGGACUAA